CAUACAUUCCAAGAGUAACCGGGAACAGUACAGUGGUUUGGGAGAAAUUCCGCGCGCGCAAAAAAUAAUUUUUUGGUUGAUGUGUUUGUCCAUGUGACGUGAUGAGGAAAUGAUUCAUAUUUCCCCAACCGACUCGAACGAAAGUGGAGCCAUUAUUCACAGUGUGCCGACGGAAUACGACGACACCACGGUAUCAGCUACUACACUGCCCACGUUGCUCUACAGCGAAAAGUUGGAAGGAUACCGACAGCAAGACGAAGUGCUAAGAAACGCCGGUGGCUUGGAGGGGUUUUACAACAUCGCUCUACUUUACCUACACGAAACACUGGAUCAUAUCGCCCUAGUGCUACUGGCUUAUAGUAUACUAUGCAUCGUGUUAUACAAGGUGCUGUUUCGUCGUACGGGGUUCUCAGGAUUUGGCCGUUGGUUGGUGCGCAAAAGCCAUCUACCACCGUGCACCCGCGCAUUGCUCGUUACUGCGCAUCCCGAUGACGAAGUAAUGUUCUUCGGUCCAACGAUCCUGGAGCUGCGCCGUCGACAGUGCAGAGUGUUUGUCCUCUGCCUAUCAGAAGGCAACCAUGAUCGAAAGGGAGCCAUCAGACGGCAGGAGUUAUGGGAUGCGUGUGAAAGUCUGGGAGUAAGACCGGAGGAUAUUACGCUAGUGAACGCGACGCACUUGCAGGACGACCCGACGGCCGAAUGGAAAACUGUUACUAUCGCAAACCAACUGCUGCGCCAGCUGGAGUCGCUAGAUGUCGAGCUUUUGGUCACAUUCGACAAAGACGGUGUUAGUGGGCAUCCGAACCAUAGUGCAAUUUACUACGCGACCGCAUCAUUAUGCCUUUCUGGCAUGAUACCAAGCACUUGUAAAGUAUUAAUGCUUGAAUCGGUCAACGUCUACCGAAAGUAUUCGUCGAUAUUUGAUCUUCCUGUGACGUUACUCUUAUCCACAAAUUGGGUUAUCCUGAACUGGAGGGCGCGCCGAGCUGUGCAAAAUGCCAUGCGCUUGCAUAGUUCACAGAUGGUUUGGUUUCGCAAGCUGUAUAUAGUAUUUUCCCGGUAUAUGGUGAUCAAUUCGUUGCGCGAGAUCAACAAAUCGGACAUAGAAUUUGAAAUAUUAGACACCUAAUGCACAGCCUCUUAGUCAACGUGUCCAGACCUGAUGACGUUCGUCAUAAGCUUCUUCCAUUCGCUCGACCACUGUCUGUAGAGAGAAACACGCGAUGCGAAGCACGAAUGAACGAAUAAGAACGUUCCUAGAUCCAUAUUACAAUGAAAGGUACGAUGCGCUUUCGCUAGUCUUUGUUUUUUAUCCCUUAAGUAGUUGAAAUCAUAUGCAACCCUAUUGGAAAACAUGGUGACAAGAGAUUGGGCAACGUUACCGCGAUUCUCUACAUAGGUGUAUUAGUUGCAUUAUACGUUAAGAUGCUGUUAGAUUGAAUUCAAAAUCGCGUAAAAAGAUGCACAAACGCCUAGGAAUGAAUUAAAUUUAUUUAUCAAAUUAUGGUUUGUAAAGCAAAAGACUCUCAAUCUCUUCCGCUUAGGUUAUGUAAUUAUUAUGUGAUCAGAAAUAGUCACUUCUUGAAUUCUGUCAGUUCUUUCCCUAUUUCGAACAUUGAUGAACAUUAUGGAAAU